CGACUCUACACAAUACUUGGAGCGCAAUGUCAAACACAGCACCCGCGAUUCUGCUUACUGGGGCGACAGGAUAUAUUGGUGGCUCAAUAUUGACACAUCUGCUGGACUCGCAACAUCUAGCACUGAAAAAUGUGGUCAUUACCUGCCUUGUCCGAGGUGAAGAUAGAGUAGCAAAGUUGAAUGCCAAGUAUGGCAGCCGAGUCAAGCCCGUGCUGCAUAAAGACCUUGACGACACCGACCGAGCUAUCGAAGUCGCUUCCCAACAUGAUAUCGUUAUCAAUACCACCAUCGGCUAUCAUCCAGCUUCCGCAGCCGCGCUGGUCCAAGGGUUGGCCAAGCGAAAGCAGCAGACCGGUCGGGAUGUGUGGAUGAUCCACACGUCAGGAACCAGCAAUCUCGCGGACAGGCCGAUUAGCAAAGGUUACGUAGAGGAUGACCCGGAGAGAGUUUUUGACGAUUCCAAGGAUGAUAUCUAUGCUUACGAAAAGAUGCGUAAUGACAAGGAGCUGUAUCCUCAACGCACCAGCGAGCUAGGUGUGAUCGACGAAGGCGUGAAACUGGGCGUGAAAACACUCGUCAUCAUGAGCCCGACCAUCUACGGUGUCGGUACUGGCGAGUUCAAUGUCAGCAGCAUCCAGGUCCCCGCGUACGUGAACGCCUGCAUUGCCAAAGGCUACGCCAUGGUAGCCGGAGACGGCAAGGGUGUUUGGGACAACGUCCAUGUCGGAGACCUUGCCGAGCUCUACGCUCUCUGCCUCGUCAACAUUGUCGAGAAAGGCGGUGCAGACCUUCCAACGGGCAAGCAGGGCACAAUCUUCUCCGAGAAUGGCCGGCACACCUGGAUGGACAUUGCUCAAGGCGUCGCUGACGCUGCUUACGAAGCCGGCAGAAUCAAAAGCCGGGACGUCAGAUCGGUGUCCUUACAAGAAGCCGCGGACGCCAUUACCGGUGGUGACCCGCAUAUCGUGGAGCUGGCCAUGAGCUCAAACUCGAGGACCAAGGGUACUGUUGCACGGGAGAAGCUGGGUUGGAAGCCUACCAGAGGGCCGGAUGAUUUUAAGCGCGGCUUCACUGAAGAAGUCAAGGCGGCCAUACAGAAGGAGGCUAAGUAGAUCAGCAGCAUGCGAUGACUGUUUUCGCGCAUUGCGAUCAACAGCGUACCGGCAUCGUGAUAUGUCGAAUGUGCCUCCAGCAACUUGUUCGGGAAGUGUCUGGCGGACAGGGAGACGCCAAUGUCGUUCUCACGCAUUUUGACCGUGACAAAAGUCAUCGACGGUGAGAUUCUGCUCGAUGCGUUCUCCAUGUCUUGAACGUCACGAAGAAUCUCGCCGGGGCUGUGAUAGUCGAUGUUGCUACGACGCACACGCUCUCACUCCUUAGUGGCGAGUGCGCUCGGCGGAAGAUGAAGGAGUCUCAGUGAUGGCGUGACUCCGCACUAGAGGAGGUACACAGGUUGUUGACUUUCUUCAGCCGAGGGUAGGUGAACACGC